CCCCGUCCUCAGGCCGGUUCGUGGCAGAAGCUGGAGUUGUCCCACGAGUACAAGAACCACAACCAGCUGCGGGAGUAUCAGCUGGAAGGGGUCAACUGGCUCCUCUUCAACUGGUACAACCGGCAAAACUGCAUCUUGGCCGACGAGAUGGGCUUGGGGAAGACCAUCCAGUCCAUCGCCUUCCUUCAAGAGGUCUACAAAGGGGGCAUCCAUGGUCCCUUCUUGGUCAUCGCCCCCUUGUCCACCAUCACCAACUGGGAGAGGGAGUUCAACACGUGGACGGAGAUGAACACCAUCGUCUACCACGGCAGCUUGGCCUCCAGGCAGAUGAUCCAGCAGUACGAGAUGUACUGCAAGGACCCCAGGGGCCGCCUCAUCCCCGGUGCCUACAAGUUUGAUGCCCUCAUCACCACCUUUGAGAUGAUCCUGUCCGACUGCCCCGAGCUGCGGGAGAUCGAGUGGCGCUGCGUCAUCAUCGACGAGGCCCAUCGCCUCAAGAACCGCAACUGCAAGCUCCUCGACAGCCUCAAGCACAUGGACCUG